UAUUUGGUCCCGCAUUGCUGCCAUGGAUGCUUCGGAAGGCCAGCCGCAUGAGCUGCUAGCGCAACAAUUGGAAGGUAAGGGCGCGGCUGACUGGAGGUCGGGGUUUGAACAAUUCUUUCGAUUCAAACCCCAAACUGAACAUCAGCGCGAGGGGGAGGAGGCUGGGUGUUGGCAGUGUCGAGUCGUCAACUAUCCUGGCUAUGAAGAAAGCGAAGAUCUAUGGGGCGGCUGGCGCAACAGCAAGGGGGCGGCGGAAGUUGAUGCUUUUCGCCAGGCCUUCAAACAUCUUCCUCAACCCACUGCAACUGGCAGCUCAAGUGGAAGUUAUGCAGCGGCCUCGGGAGCCCAACCUGUAGUUCCUUCUGAGUCACCUCCAGAUGCUGAGACAAAUGCUCUACCUGAAGCCACUAGCUCCAGUUCAGGACCUCAGCUACUCUAUCGCAAGAACCAGACCGAGGAAGUGCCAGCUGAAGUCCUCGAUGUGGUGGAUGCAUUUGAGCAAGCCCCCUCUGCUCGAGGUGCCCUCGAUGUCUUGGAAGUUUGGAGAGCAGACGUUCCUCAGGAUCUCAAACAAUCAUGGGAGACAGAGAAGCGAAAACUGCAGGAUCGAAACAGGAAUCCAAAUAUGAAAAAGACUAGCUGGCAAGAUCAGGAGCCAGGCAAGGAUGGUAUAGACAUUGACAUGGACGCAACGAGAGCGGCAUGCCUCCGUAGAGAACGUGAAGAAGUUGCGUGGCAGUUGCUUUCUGUAUCUCACAAACAUGAAGGGGGUGCAAGAAGCUGUCGUGUCUACCAUGGAUGCCCCGACUGGAAGGUUGCUCAGAGUAUUUGCCACACCGGCUUCGCGGCAAAUCUUGCAAAGACCAAAGGUUGGUUCGGAGAAGGCCUCUACUCAACAUUGAAUGCACCCUAUGCUUUGCGCUAUAGCCUUGGUAUGUCGGACUUCUGGGAGAAGCCUGGUGCAGAAGGCUGGGUGAUUGCUGCCAAGUUGGUUUAUUCACAGGUAUAUCCGGUCACUGUGGCAGAUGACAGUACUCCUUUGAUUUCAGAACCGGGUCUCAAAGGCCGUCGAAUUGGUGCGGCUGACGGGGCUAGAGGUUGCGAUUGCCAGUUUGUUUGCGUCCGAGGACAUCCUCCCAAUGCCAAGCACAAAAACCGACACUAUCUUGCUUGCAAACCGGGUGAGAGGCCGGAAGCCACUGAGAUUGUAGUAGACCAAGAGGCUCGGAUAUUGCCAGAGUACUUGGUGAAUGUUCAGGUCACAGGUGACGCGAAGCUUUGCAAGAGGAUUCAACUGGCUUCUGAGCACUGGGGGCGGCCCAUGGCUUCAAACCAGGACACGGCCUUGGAGACGAAUGGCUCCACGAAGAUUCUGCAAAAUACAGUGAAUUCCGUGCAGAAAUUGGAGACUCUGGCGAGGAAAAAACCUGUGAAGAACGGAUCCGCCAGAACACAAGAUGACAACCUGCACAUCGAUAUUCAGUACAAGUUCGCACAGGUAGAUGAUCACUUUGUUGCAGAAGUCCGUGUGUUAGGCAGAGAUUUCCAAGGAUACCCGCAGCCACGGAAGCAAGCGGCAAAGCAGUCUGCCGCACAAGUUGCAAUCAAGGAGCUCCAGCCUGAUGCAGAAGGCUAGACGUGAGCACUUUUCCUGGCAGCUGUGGGUAGAUGACAGCUCUUGGUUUUCGUAUCAUCGUUGGUCCAGACUGUCCUUCUUGUUCUCAGGGUGUCAUGGAUUGCCAUGGUCCCUGCUACUGACUUUAAGCUGGCUGGUGGUUUCAAAC